ACCAAGGUUGAACUGUACCAUUUAGAAGAAUGGAAGGUGAUGCGUCUGUGGAAAUGUUUUCGAAAGUCCUAGAGAAUCAGUUGCUUCAAACUACCAAGUUAGUAGAAGAGCAUCUCGAUUCUGAAAUUCAGAAAUUGGAUCAGAUGGAUGAGGAUGAAUUGGAACGCCUCAAAGAAAAGAGACUUGAAGCACUAAAGAAAGCUCAACAGCAGAAACAAGAAUGGCUUUCUAAAGGACAUGGGGAAUACAGAGAAAUCCCUAGUGAAAGAGACUUCUUUCAAGAAGUCAAGGAGAGUAAAAAAGUGGUUUGUCAUUUCUAUAGAGACUCAACAUUCAGGUGUAAAAUAGUAGACAGACAUUUGGCAAUACUGGCAAAGAAACAUCUCGAGACUAAAUUUUUGAAGCUAAAUGUGGAAAAAGCACCCUUUCUUUGUGAGAGAUUGCGCAUCAAAGUCAUCCCCACGCUGGCACUGCUGAAAGAUGGAAAGACACAAGAUUAUGUUGUUGGGUUCACGGACCUUGGAAAUACAGAUGACUUUACCACAGAAGCUUUAGAAUGGAGGCUCGGUUGUUCUGAUAUUAUUAAUUACAGUGGAAAUUUAAUGGAGCCACCAUUUCAGAACCAAAAUAAAUUUGGAACAAACUUCACAAAGCUGGAAAAGAAAACUGUUCGAGGAAAAAAAUAUGAUUCUGAUUCUGAUGAUGAUUAG